UGGUUAGUGCGCUUAUAUUAAAGGUUGGUAGUUAUGAAUGUAAUAUGAACAUGUAUUUUAUUUUUGCUACAUUACCAGUAAUCUUGAUAGUAAUGUAUACACUUGCUAAGGUAUUUGCAGGUAUGGAUUUGCAUGGUAUACGAAAUCGAAUGCGGAAAAAGCGUAGAAAUAAUGCAUUUUGGGAUAAUGUGACAUCUAUAUUAGGUUAUGCCAGCCUUUAUUAUGUUAAAUAGAUACACAAGGAGCCAUGUAUGACAUCGUUGCAAAUAGGAGAAAAAUGGAUGCAUGAAAUAUUAAAUGGUCAUGAAAAAUGUUGUUUCAACAUGUUUAGAAUGACACCAUGCACAUUUCAACAAUUAUGCAUGGAUUUAGAAAAUAAUCAUGGAUUAUCUCCUUCGGGUAGGAUGUCAACUUUAGAGAAAGUGGGUAUUUUUGUUUACAUUCUUAGUAAAGGAGCCUCAAAUCGAGAUGCACAAGAGCGAUUUCAACAUUCUGGUGAAACUGUUAGCAGCAUUUUUAAACAAGUUAUGGAUGCCAUGGAAGGUCUAUCAAGAGAUUUACUAAGACCGAGAGAUCCCAAGUUUACAAAAAUCCCUUCAUACAUUGAGGAUGAUGCUCGAUAUAUGCCACAUUUCAAGGAUUGCAUUGGAGCCAUUGAUGGUACUCAUAUAGAUGUUAUAGUUCCCUAGGAGGAUCAAUUACGAUAUAGAGGAAGGAUAGGGACACCCACUCUAAAUGUUAUGGCGGCGGGUGACUUUGACUUGCUUUUUACUUAUGUACUUACUGGUUGGGAAGGAUCGGCUCACGAUUCUAGAAUUUUUCUUGAUACUAUUGGCAACGAAAGUCUCAAUUUCC